AGAAACACUUUACAUUAGAUUUUUUGUAUGAAACGCCCGCAACCGACUUGCUCCUCAAGCCUCCCUGCCUGCCAGCUCACUCGCCUUCUUCCUCCCAUUCCCCUCGAACCAACCAGCAGCGAUUCGGAUCGAAACGAAACGAACCAAACCAACCAACUCGCCACCCUCCAAAGCCGCAGCCCCAAUCCCACCGCCGGCCAGGCAGGCAGAGCGCACCCCGCGCCAUGUCAGCCACGUCGUCGUUCACAGCGGGGGAGUCGUCUCGAGCUGGCGAGCAACCGGAGCGCGACGAGGUGGUCGAGUUCCUGGACUGCCCUUGGGUAGCACUCUCCUCCGCCAUCGUCGUCAUCGGCGCCAACGACGAGCGGGCACGGAUGCUCGCGCCCGGUGCCUCCGACAUCUUUCUCGACCUCCAGCCCCCGCUGGUCGGCGCCUCCUAUCUGGUCCUGCCCGAGCGCAUCGUCGCGCACUACAGGUAUUCAGGCUACCAACCCUGCGUCUUGUCCGCCUGCUCCAACUGCCUCCUCUUCCUGGCUAUCCAAGCCGAGGGCGUCUCGAACCCGGCCUUCUUCCUCGGCAACGCCCGCGCCCGCACCGUCGUCCGCCUCCCCGACGUCCCCGCCCACCUCGGCGUCAACAUCAUCCGGCGACAGAGCAUUGGUCUCAUCGCCGAUCAGCGACACGAUGGACAUUACAUGGUGGCCCAGCUCCACCCCACCUGGACGACCCUCCACAAGACCCUGCUAUGCUACUCCACCGUCACCGACCAGUGGACUGCCAGGCCGCUGGCCUCCGCCGAGGAGCACCCUCGCUGGGGCGCCCACGGCGUUCUCGCCCACGGCGGCCUCCUCUGGUGGAUCGACGUCUCCUACGGCAUGCUCGUCUGCGACCCUUUCGCCGCAGACGACAACCUGCACCUCCGCUUUAUCCCGCUCCCGGUCGGCUCCAUGCUCAUGGCCCAGCCAGAGCUCAUGGCCCAUGGCCUCCGCUUUAUCUCCCGCUCAGGGCUCAUGGCCCAUCAACGCUUCAUCAGGCCCAGCCAGGGCAAGCUGCGAUACGUGGAGAUCCAAGGAGCCCCCAGCGGUAUGCUUACUACCAACUACCAGCCCCCGUCGAACCCCCAGGUCCGCAUGUUCACGCUCGUCAGCCAAGAGGGCCAGCAUCACUGGGUACACGAGUACACGGCGACCUUCCUCGACAUUUGGAGCUACCGCAGCUACGCCGACGCCGGUCUGCCCCGGGGCGUGGUGCCUUCGCUCGCCCUCAUCGACCCCAACAACGCCAACAUCAUCUACUUCUUCCAGGGCACGACGCUCUUCGCAGUGGACAGAUACGCCAGGAAGGUCUUGCACCACCUGCAAUACUUGGUAGACGUAGUAGACUCCACAUACGCGGACCUCACGUUGCAGAACUCCCGCUACGUUAGUGCCUGGGAGCUGCCACCAGGAGUUUUCGUCAACGGUCAUGGGCCAAACGGUGGGAGCUGAAGUCAGGGUACUAAUAACGAAGGAACAGAUGGAUCAGACUGGGAUCGAGAGGCCACUUCUUAUUCGUCUGAACAAGUGGAGGGUUAUGCAACUUCAGCGAUGGUUUCAGACAUGCGCCCCCUGGAAAAUUUAAACCCAUGUUAGGAACAGAGCCUGUGGCCAUUCCGUGCUCCGCGACUGUAUGAGAAAACAUUUUGUUUUGUGUUGCAUAUCGCUAGCUGAAAGAAAAAUAUGUCAUUGUG